AUGUGGUGCAUGAUCGUUUUGUCUGCAAUUGCUUUUCAAUCUUUGCCGAUCGUCUCCAUUAAUGAAACUUGUUGGCCAACUGCAAAUAAUUUAACGUGCGUUCUAAACGAUCUACUCUUGGGAUAUAAUAAAUAUCAACGGCCUAACUAUACUGGAGAUCCGAUCCGUGUAGAAGUUUACUUAAUGAUUAUUAGUCUAGGACCAAUUUUUGAAUUGGAUAUGUCAUUCACAAUGAAUCUGUUUUUUCGACAAGUAUGGACUGAUCAACGAUUGACAUUACCCAAUCAAGUAUCCAACGUCGCUGUUUCAACAAAACUACUCAGUGCAAUAUGGAAGCCUGAUACCUUUUUUAUAAAUUCACAUUCUGCUUACCUUCAUACAACGCCAACAUUCAAUCAUCUUUUGCGCAUAUUAGAAAAUGGUCGAUUGCUUUACUCCAGUCGUUUAACAAUCAAAGCUUCUUGUUCGAACUUUUUAAAACGAUUUCCUCUUGACGUUCAAAUAUGUCCACUGGUAUUAUCUAGCUAUGCCUAUGGGACGAAAGAUAUCAUAUACGAUUGGAAACUAAAUGCAAACAAUGGUGUAGAAUUUGAACGAUUAAAAUUAUCCCAAUUUGAUCUAUUCGAUCAUAAAAUCUCUCGACGAGAAGUUCAAUUGAAUGACCGAAAUCAUUCCGUCCUUCAACUCGAUCUCUUCAUGCGUCGAAAAGCUGGGUAUUAUAUUCUACAAGGUUAUAUCCCGGCAGGAUUGUUAGUCAUUCUUUCAUGGAUAUCAUUUUGGAUCGAUAGUGAAGCAACAGCCGAUCGAGUUUAUAUAAGUGUAACUUGUGUGUUGAGUUUAACAACGCUGACAAUGGACAUACGUUCAUACAUUCCAGCUGUACCGUACUUCACUGCGAUCGAUUACUUUUUUGUCAUGUGUUAUUUGUUUCUGUUUGCUUCAUUAAUUCAAUUCACUGCUGUCCAUCGUUAUCUUGGCUAUCGUCAAUCAAUGAAAUCUGAGGAGAAUCUAAAUGAACAACGAAAAUCUCCUGUGUUAGAGAAAGCUAUGGAGACCAAUGUCAUUCUGCUAAGAAAUGAAGAAAGCCAUUCAACAUAUUUCCCGCGUCGAUCGACAUUCAGUGUUAUUCAUAAACUCGGCAUAUUACGUAUUUUGUAUUUGAAUGAAUUAAAACAAACACAUGAAAAAUUUCAUGGAGCGUUAAUCCAACUUCUGAAUAGCCUAAAACCAAAUAAAUUCGCAAAGAUGAACUUUGUUCAACCGAGAUACUAUUAUAUAUUACUUUUGGUUAUUCUUGGUAGUCGAUCACAAUUGACAACAGACUCUGAAACCACCGCUUCCUUAAACUUAAUCACCACAGAAACCACAACAACUAGCACUAGCGGUACAAGUUCUUCGAUCACCUCGAUCACCACUGCAACUACUACUACCACUACCACUAGCAGUAACAGUACAAGUUCUUCGACCACCACUGCAACUGCCACUAUCACUACCACUAGCAGUAACAGUACAAGUUCUUCGACCACCACUGCAACUGCCACUAUCACUACCACUAGCAGUAACAGUACAAGUUCUUCGACCACCACUGCAACUGCCACUAUCACUACCACUAGCAGUAACAGUACAAGUUCUUCGACCACCUCGACCACCAAUGCAACUACGACAACCACCAGCACGGGCACUAGCAGUAUAAGCUCUUCGACUACCUCGACUACCAAUGCAACUACCACUACCACGGGCACUAGCAGUGCAAGCUCCUCGACUACCAAUGCAGCUACCACUAUCACGAGCACUAGCAUUACAAGUUAUAUUAUAACUUCGACUAGUACCACAGCACCAACGACAACCACUCAGAUGAUUAGUUCACAAUCAAGCACAACAACGACGACUGCGGCGGCAGGAUUUUAUUGUGUGAAUUCAACUCAUAUUUUAUUAGUGAAUUCCAGUUGUGUGCUGAAGGCUGAUGCACAGCAAUCAAGUUACAACAUAUUGUUGAAUGAUACGGUUAAUGCCACAACAGUAGGAGCGAAUUUGAUUAAUUACUUUGAGUCGGUAGCGAAUGUAACUUCUACUAACUCGAGCUAUAUAUUAACGUUGAACCGAGUAGAUCAAUUGGUCAAUAAUUUGAAUAGUACGAGCUUCACUGUUAAUGGAACCUCAUCGUUUUUGUUGGUACAAACAACAAGUCAAAACCAAUCCGAUGACGUUCUGGUUUUAGGUGCUUCUUUCAGUCCUGACGCGUACGGUCAGGUCGUUAAUACUCAAAAUAGAGAAAGUAUUAUCAGCUCGAAUAUAUCCAGUGCUGCUAUCGUCAGUAACGAUUCAAUAGUGAAUGUCAAGUCGAUGAGUAUAUUUAUUAUUGACAACCCAAGUUUGUACAAAAAUGUAGAUAACUCAACGAAUGACACUUUAGUUAUCUCAUCGUUAAUUGUUGCUUCAGUGAAAAAUUUUCCGAAUAGAUCGAGUUCGGUUAAAAUUGCAUUAUACUUCACUCCAGCAUUAGAUUCUCCACAGCCGAGUAAUGGAACGUUCCUGUGUUCAUUUUAUGAUACAAGCAUGUCUCGAUGGAAUAGUUCCGGCUGUAGUUCGCCGACAUAUAAUUCAGAUUUCAAGCGGUAUGAAUGUAGUUGUAACCAUACAACUUCGUUUGCCCUUAUUUGGUUACCAUCUGGCGUAUUAGCGUCUAGUGGACGUAACUUUCGAUCGGCGGAUACUGCCUCACUCAUUUGCCAAUCGUUAUCUAUAGCGUGCAUUUUGGGCAUUCUUCUUCAUGCCGCUGUGAAUCGAGUAAUUCAUCCUUCGAACCAUAUAUCUGCAACUAUCAUGCUUCCCUUAAUAUCCUAUGCAAGCACAGGCAUUCUGUUUGUCUUUUAUAUUGCUCUCACCAUGACUGUAUAUACUCGCACAACAUCUGAAAAUGAAACACAAUGUUUUUUGAGCUCCCGUGUCCUAAUGUUUUUCACUUACUUCUUCUUAAUCUUUAUGUUAUGCAUCAAAACAAGCAUCGGCUAUUUCAAUUAUUUGCGCUUUGUUCAACUAUUCCCGCCGCCAUCAUAUCGACGACUUUUCGUUCUACUUCUCAUUUCAUUGAUACUGGCAGGCGGUUGGGUUGCUUUCGCAGCUGGCUUCGACUCAAAUCCUUCCUACAACAUUACACAAUUGUACCCCUAUCGAUUUUGCUGGUUUACUCAUACAGUCAUCUAUUAUUUUUUAACCAUACCUGUCGCAAUUUUUCUUCUAUUGACAUUUAUCAACAUUAUUUAUGUUGGCAAGCGCAUGAUAGAGCAUGUGCAACGAGCAACAUCUCCACAUCAUACAUAUCAACGAAUGAAACAAUGUGUGCUAGUUUUAAUAGCAUCUUCAAUUACUCAAGGAGUCGGAUGGUUGUUCGGCCCAUUUCUUUCGUUUGUGAGUCCGUCUGGUGCGUCGGUCUUAGAAUGGUUUUUCAUAAUAUUUAAUGCGUUAGAAGGUGUAUGGGCUGUCCUUGCUUACUUAGUUAUUCGAGCACAAAUAAAACAAGAACAAAUACGUGUAACAACAGUAAAGAAAUGGGCCAAGGAACCAGUUACGGUAAAGAGCAGACCCAAGGAAUCUAACUCACCACCCGCUCAAAAAGGAACUGGUAUCGAAACCAGUGAAUUUGAACCUGUGCGUCGAAAGCGACAGAACGAUCCGAUACAGCGCUUCGAUGAUUUACGUGACACGAACUGA